CACACCCGGUAGUAUGUAAUGGAUCUGAUACGCAUCAGUGACGCUGGAACCAUACUCGGAAUUUCAUACACAAAAUAACCAGCACUUUUGAAUGUAUGUUUUGAGGACAGUAUCUGGCUGGAGAUAGUUGCUGCAGCAGGUGACACUUGACACUCACGUUCGCCUGAUACCUAACGUGCAUCCUACCAAGAGCUGACGCGAUGAGCACAGGGUCUCCAAAACUAGGCGUACAUCCGACAACGACAUCCGGGUCCCUCUCGUAGAGUUGGGUCAUCAUGGCAACAUUCAAAAUGUUCCUAUUUGUUGCCAUAGCUGCCCUGUUCCCGGAAUGCAAUGCAUCGGCAACACCACCUACCACUACGCCGAUAUCUGCACCAACAACGACGCCUACCACUAUGCCGACAUCUGCAUCAUCAACGUCAGCUACCACUACGCCGACAACAUCUGCAUUAACAACGUCACCUACCACGACGCGAACAUCUGCAUCAACAACGUCACCUACCACUACGCCGACAUCUGCACCAACAACGUCACCUACCACUACGCCUACAACAUCUGCAUCAACAACGUCACCUACCACUACGCCGACAUCUGCAUCAACAACGUCACCUACCACUACGCCUACAACAUCGGACAUUGUUCCAUCGGCAUCAACAUCAAUAACAUAUUCAUCAACCACAGAACAGUCUAUUUCUUCCUCGACUGCGUCAGCCGUGUCCUCAUCAGCUCCGACAACGACAUCAGGGCCGUCUGAGUCAGCAACCAGUAACGUUCCGCCUGGUCCAUCUUCAACUACACCCAUAACGCCCACCCUCAGUAACAGUUCAUCUGACGUAUCAACCCCUUCAAAACCAACAUCAACCGGACAGUCAGCAACGACAGAUGCAUCAACCACUUCAACACCAUCGACAGACCUGAAGUCCACGACCUUAUCAACGGACGCAACGUCGACAAUGGCAUCAACGACUUCUAAAAUAUCCUCCUCCACGAGAACGCAAUCUGCUACAUCGGUCAAAUCCACAACAACAUCUUCACAGUGGUCUACUUCGACUACAUCCCCGUCAGUGACUGCAACACCGACCACAGCGGGCAGCUCCACUGGAGGGCCUCACUCUUCAUCAGCAACUACAUCAGCAUCUACACUCCAUGCAACAACAUCACAGUUGACAGCCACACCUGGGACGACUUCAUCAACUACGUCAUCAACUACGGAUAAAUCGGGAGAACAAAUCAUUGAUAGGAUAGAUGACUCCCUGGUGACGAUAGUUGUGGCGUCUGGGGUCGCGGUGGCGAGUGUCGUCGUGGCCGGUGUUGUCAUUAUUGUAUUUUGCAGGAGGAGAAGAGCCAAGUCCAAGCCAAGCCUCGAAGAAAGCUUCAUAUAUGAAAAUUCCACUAUCGGUCGCACUGAACGCUCGGCGUCUAUCGUGACACUGACUGGCGUCAAGAAUGGUGUGUCGGGAACUAACUGCUGGGAAAUAGACCUUGCUUUCUUCGUCGCCACAGAGGUUGAGGAAUCUGCCAAACUGAAAGUAGAUCAAUCCCAACCGGAGAAGUCAACUCACGCGGGAAGCAGGACUGAGACUCGAGACAGCGAGAACACGGGACUUAAAACUUCUUCACACUCUGUGACCAGAGAUAGUCAGGCUGGUAGUCAGGCUCCGAUAAAUGAUCAGCCCAAGACAGAUGGCCAGGAAACGCUAAAGGAUCAGCCCAAGACAGAUGGCCAGGAGACGCUAAAGGAUCACACUAAGACAGAUGGCCAGGAGACGCUAAAGGAUCACACUAAGACAGAUGGCCAGGAGACGCUAAAGGAUCAGCCCAAGACAGAUGGCCAGGAAACGCUAAAGGAUCAGCCCAAGACAGAUGGCCAGGAAACGCUAAAGGAUCACACUAAGACCAAUGGUCACGCCAAUACAGGACGUCCAGGUGCGAGAGACGGUCAAGUCAAAGCAGAGGGCCAUGGGGCGAGAGAUAGCCAAACAAAAGUUGAUAUACAAGCCAAGAAAGAUGAAAAGAAAGAUGAUCUUACAAAGAUAGACGAGCAAGCUGUGGCUAAUGGUCAGGCUACGAAAAAUGGUCAAGCUGACGUAGAUAGCCGAGCUACGGUAGUUGACAAAGAAGAGAUAGGUGGACGAGCUGAACAAAAUAAACAAGGUACGGGAGAUGACCACAGUUCAGGAGAUGACCAAGAAAUGAGAGACGAUCAACUGAAGAAAAACGAUGAAGCAGCUGAUGACAGAGGAUGUCCACAGGACAAACAGAGUUCAAAACCAGAUGCUUUCAGGAUGAGAGCUGGCAUGGUUAAAGUGUUUCCAUGAAAGAGGAUCAUCAUUCGUAAAUUUGUGUUUUUACGACUUACGUCUCGCGUCUGACCAGGCUGACGUGAGUUGCCCUUGACACGGGACGACACCUGGAAUAAUUAGUGCAGACUAUGUGUGACCUGGUUACAAUGGACAUUACUCGGACUUUACAAAUACAUCUUUCGUUUGUACCUGCAUAUGCAAAAACUAAGCACCACGGCAAUCCGAUUUUAUGCAUUCAGGGAGGAAGUUAAACAUUUCCAUUUCCAUAAAAGGAUCCUCGACAACGAGCAGUGAACUACGAUAUUGUAAUACGUAAUGUACGUGCAAAAAAUCUUUAAAAUUGUUUUAUCAUCACUUUGGGAUUUUUCCCAACGCCUGGAUAUAACUGAAAUCCAAUUCAAAGAAGCGUUGAUCUAAAUUCCUUCACUCGCUGACAAUAUGUAUUAAGUAUGUUCCACUUCACCCAGUGGUUUGUUUGAAGUAAAACAAUGGGUCUGUGUGUCUGCAUCUCAAUUCAACAUCCGUGUCGGAUCGGGUUGCGGCUGCAGGAGGAAAGUGACGGUGGUUCGUGCCUUCAGCUUCCUUAUGCAACAUUGUCCACAGCUUGUUUAACCAGCUGGGCGUUUCCCUUAAUUCAACGAACCACGCCUUUGUAAAUACUAUUAGGUUUUAUGACGUUUCCACCUUUUAUCCACCAUAGAUAUGAAUUACACGCAUAUGUGUUGUACAUCUGAUAUCGGGGCGUAGUCUGUGCUGGUAUCAUAAACUGAAACAUUAUGCCAUAUUUUUCCUCACACGCAUGUAUGUAAAACUCUUAAUUGAAAGGGUUUACUGAUAAAAAUAAUAUUCAUUUCAUGUAUCAAUGUACCAGAAAAUGCAUUAGCGGUGAAUAUAGAAUGUGUACAUAAAGGUACUGAUAGCGAGAAAGAUUUAUAAUGUUUGUUGCCCUAAAAACUUUCCACUGUGUUCAUAGGUUUGUAAUAUGAACGAUUUAGAUAUAUGUUUACAGUUUGUGAAAAAUGACAUAGCAAUCUGUAGAAUAACGUGAAUGUUAUUGAGGUAACUUUUUACCAUUCAUAUAUUCAAAUACAGAGUUGGGGAGUAUGCUUUAAGCCACUUUUACCAAUAAACCAUCAAAAGCACACACAA